AUGGCAGGCUAUGGGAGGCUAUGGCAGGCUAUGCAGGCUAUGCAGGCUAUGCAGGCUAUGCAGGCUAUGCAGGCUAUGCAGGCUAUGCAGGCUAUGCAGGCUAUGCAGGCUAUGCAGGCUAUGCAGGCUAUGCAGGCUAUGCAGGCUAUGCAGGCUAUGCAGGCUAUGCAGGCUAUGCAGGCUAUGCAGGCUAUGCAGGCUAUGCAGGCUAUGCAGGAUAUGCAGGAUAUGCAGGAUAUGCAGGCUACUUCCUAUACUAAGAAAUACUAUAUAGUCACAGCUAAGAAGCCCCACGCCUUUUACUAA